AUGAUUAAGAUUCCAUAUGCUUCGACUAUUGGAUCUAUCAUGUAUGUCAUGCUAUGUACUCGCCCAGAUGUAUCAUAUGCUUUAAGCAUGACAAGUCGGUACCAAGUUGAUCCCAGUGAAAGUCAUUGGGUCAUAGUUAAAAAUAUCCUUAAGUUCUUGAGAAGGACUAAGGAUACAAUCCUUAUAUAUAGAGGAGAGAAAGAGCUCAGUGUAAAAGGUUACACUGAUGCUAACUUCCAACCUGACAAGGAUAAUUCACGAUCACAAUCGAGUUUUGUGUUUUGCCUUAAUGGUGGCGUUGUGAGUUGGAAAAGUUUAAAUCAAGAUACAGUAGCUAAUUCUAUAAUUGAGGCCGAGUACAUUGCAGCUACUGAGGUUGCAAAAGAGAUUGUUUGGAUCAAGAAGUUUAUAUCUGAACUAGGGGUUGUGCCUAACAUAUCACAUGCUAUAGAACUUCAUUGUGACAGCAACGGAGCUAUUGCACAAGGAAAGGAACCCAGAUCUCACCAGUGA